UCCGAGCGUCGCGCUGAUUGGACCAAUAUUUUUCCUGGUUUUCGCUGAUUCCCUCUCUCUCUGUUUGAUGCGCAAACACACGCGAACAGUGUCAGUGUCAGCGUGUAUCCGUUCGGACUUCCUGUGCGGAGUCCUUGCAGGCAUAUAGUAUCGUAAGAAACAUCUGAUUGCGUGCACUGGUGGUGGUGGAGACGGUAAACUAUUGGGAAUGUCCGAUGCUAUCUUAUCGGUGCGCUUGUGUUUGUGGUGAAUUGGCAGAAUUUUCAUUCGAGCUUUUCCCCUCGAAGGUUAAACAAGUGAAAGUAUCGCUUUUGGGAGGAACCGUGAAAAUUUUCAAGAUCCGAGAACUGUGAUAGCUGAAAAUUGUUCUAUAUGUUAUGAUUUUUGGGUCUCUACGAAACGUGAUACUGUGUCAGAAAUGUCAUAAUAAUCGUGAAAAUCGUAAAUAAAAAUAGUAUUUUGGUGUCAUGAGGAGAUCACAUCUCUAGAGCUCGACUGAAUUGCACGAAGCGUGGCGUUGUGAUUUGUUGUGCGGUAGUAUAAUGUUUCAUCAAGAGCACUGACCUAUUGAAAGGAUAUACGGCCCAAACUUGAUGAUCUUCGAUGUAAGUGCUAUUGGAUAUUUCGAAACUAAGCUAGAAAAAUAGCUUGCGAAUCUCAACUCACAUAGUGUGUAGUUACUUUGUUACUUAAUGGCUCAUUUGCUGGCGACACCAAUGUGACCGUGAGUGUUAACGGUGACGAAAAUAAUUAUAAAUGUGAAAUUCCUCUCUGAAAGGGAUAUAAAUUACCAAUUUCUCAAAAGCUGAGACAAGGCAGAAAAUGUCGGUAUUGUCACGAAUACUAUAGUUCAGUGACGCUCAUAUGCGGAUGAAAAUUUGUGGCUGGCCAAAAAUAAAAGAGAAUGAAGAGGCAUUGAUGUGUGCUGCUGGUGAAAUCGGUAGUAGACAACUUGGCCAGAAUUCGCGUGACACCGUGCAGAAGUUUACGAUAUACAUAUACAAGCUAGUGUGAGAGGCGCCAGAGGAGAACAGCUCAAAACACGAGCAUAUUAUUGUUUCAGCAUUGUGGAACAAGUUGUGAUGGAUUGCAGUUAAUGGUUGUAAAUAAAUUGUGGUAUGAAGGAAUGUGAAAAAGCAUUUGUUGAAAAUCGAAACACCUUCGGAGGUGAAACAUCAAAUGAACAGUUUGAGAAAAUUUCGAAGAAAAUGAUUUCAUGACGUAGGCCUUAGAAUCAUGAACCUGGCACCAAACGCAUACCCAAUCCAUCGAUUUAAUGCACAGCUAUAGUAUUGAACUAAACAAAAGCAACCGAUCGAUAUAGUUGAAUCAACAAAAUAGACAAAUACUAUUUUCCUAAGUCUAAAAAGAAAAUUAGAGACGCAUAAUGUCGAGCACCGGAAGCACACCCAUCAACAGUCCACGGAAGGUGUUCGGGAAAACAGCCACGCUGGACAGAAAUGCCAUGUUGGAGUACGAGAUGAAUAAGAAUCUAGACAGUAAGUUUCGUGAGAAGGCUGAGAAGGAGCUGGGCGAAACGGGAGGGGAUCUGACUUACACAAAAAUACGCCAGCUUCGUCAACAGCUGAACAUCUAUGCGGAACAUCAUCAGCGGGGAUUGGGCGGCCGAAGGGAUGAUUCAUUUUUGUUGCGGUUUUUGCGCGCGAAAAAGUUCGAUGUUGAUAAGGCGUUCAAAAUGAUGCAAAAGUAUUAUAGGAUGAAGGAUGAGUAUCCAGAGAUAUUCAAGGUCUCUCCACCAUCCGAAAUGAAAUUUAUGCUGGAGAUGCAGAUCCAGUGUAUGUUGCCGAAAAAAGAUGAUAGCGGGCGACAAAUUUAUAUAUUUAGAGUUGAGAAAUGUGAUCCAUACAAAAUUCCAGUAGACUACGUAUUCCGCAGCAAUGUGCUUGCCCUGGAGGAUGUGGUUCGGAACCCGGAGACUCAAAUCGGUGGCCUAGUGGUGCUGCUCGACAUGGCGGGGUUGGGAUUCGCACAUGCUAGAUAUUUGUCACCGCAUUUGGCUAGGAAGACUGUGGAGGUCGUCCAGGAAGCUUUUCCCAUGCGUUUCAAAGCGUUCCACGUGCUACACGAGCCGUUCUAUUUUGAUGCCAUCUUAGCAGUGUUGAAACCAUUUUUAAAAGACAAAAUUCGUAGACGGAUACAUUUACAUGGAAAUAGCCUUAGCUCGUUGCACAAGUUUGUCCCGAAAGACGUUUUACCGACGGAGUACGGUGGAACUCAGCCACCGUUUGACAAUACAGAAUGGCGCACGUCCAUUCUUGACAACGAACAGUACUUUAUUGAUUUGGAGUCGUACAAUAACGGCGCUGAAAGCUGCUUCCAGGACGCGCUGGAUAACGUCGACGCAGAGAGCAUUGAGAGUUUGCAGUUUGGUGAUACAGAAACAGAGGACAGUGAGUUUGAUGAUGAUGACAAGCGGGUUCUGAGUCCGAGGCGGACCCCGCGGUCCGUAGUUGAUAUUGAGGAGAUUUUUCUCAGGAAUGAUAUGAAAGAGAUGAGUGUCAAUGGGACAGUAGACGCCGAUGGGCGUCCGGAGAAAGAGGUGGAAGAUACGAAAUAAAGCGAGUGGGUGCGAAGUUACUUUUUUAAGUUAUGUUUUAUUUUAUUUAUUACACUAAGUAGUCUAUUCCGCUUUCAUCUCACAGUGUUCAUGCAAGUGAUGAUAUUAUUUUGUUCUAUUUAAAAUUAAUUUCACGACGGGCCGAAUACGAUACGAGUAUCAUCUUUAUACCUGACUAGCUGACCCAGCGAGCUUCGUCCCGCCCAAAAUAGAUGUUUUCAAAUUAACACUUUCGAACAUCGUUCGUUGUUCCAAUCCCAGAGAUAUUCUUUGAUUAAACUACUAAGUGGCCUCAUUCAUGGCUAGAGGUGAAUGAAGUUUGUUAUCUGAAGCCUCAAAAACUGAUAAAAUCAUUCUACCAAUAAAUUCGCGAUGAUGAAUUGUGAAAUGAGGUCAUCUAGGGUGGGGUGCAGCAUAUAACUCUAUUAUAUUAGCAAACCCGAAAGCAGUUUCAGAUUGUUAAAAAUGGAAUGAAAAUUCUUACUUGAAAUUUUUGGAAUGCUUAGAACACGUAGUUUUUCUUAGUUUUUCAAUAAAUUUUCUAAGAAGACCAAAUAGUGACAUGUUGAUAUAAAACAAUUCUCGUUCAAGAUUCUUAAAUCAACACAAAGCUCAUUUUCCUCAGUGAAAAUUCCAAUUUAUUCCAUAACACCUAUCACGAUGUCAUUGUGGAACAUAUGGUAAUUCCAUUUUUUGAAUUUUCCCAUUUUUUUCAAGUUUUCUGGUUUUUUUUUUCGAUUUCUCUCUCUAACAUUGAACAACGGGCAGAAACGAAUAGAACAAAAUAAAAACGGCUGAAAUCGGAUCUUCCCUGAGUUUCGCGCUUAACGACACAUUUGGCGAUCCAUUUUUGUUUAUAUAGAUAAGGAAUUGAUAAAUCUAGGUCAACUCGUGUUCAACAAGUAGGAUCAACAGCUGAUUUUGAUUUUCAAGGCACUAACUCAUGGAAGCAAGCGACUUUGAUCGCAUUCCAUUUAGUAUGUUUCCAUUAUUAGAGAAAAGUAUUGUCAUAACAGGCAUCCAAUGAUUCUGAUUUGUUUUCACAAGUGUGUUGUAAUAUUUUAGGCUAAAUGAUUCUCAUCAUUAAUCUGGACCGGAUAAUUUAUAUUCAUUGGCAUCAACGUUCCUAGAUGUACUUCACUCUUUAAUUAGUACUUCGUUAAGAUUUUCAUUCCGAAUAGUACUCAUUGUAAUCUUCGAGACACGCUCGAGAAAACGCGUUACGAAAUUGGAAUUCGAAGGAGCUUUCUUUAGCGAAAACCUCGUCUUUUGUCAAACGAACGAGUCUUUAGCAUAUCUGCCGGAAUUAUUACAAAGCAUUACAAACUUUCUCGAAAUUUUAAUUUAGAAUGAUAACAUCGAAAUGUUUUCAAAAUACUGCUUGUUAUCGACUCAGUUGCAUUGGUUUUAAAGAGACGAUUUUCUUGCUACAUUUUAGCUUAAAAUCUUUAUAUAUAAAAGAGUGUUUUUCCCACGUACGUAUAACUCAUCAUCACAGGAGAACGGCUGAUCAGAUCUACGUCGUCCAUAUAUUUUUUGUGCGAUAACAUACAAACUCUCUUGAGGUAUAUUCGUUGUUUUUAUCAACCAAAAUAUUCUCUAGAAAUACAUUAUAUGGCAGAACAACGUUUGCCGAGUCAGCUAGUUAGAGUUAAAAUGAUGGCAACUAAAUGAUAAAGGAUGACUCGAGAGAAAGGAAAAGGAGAUGCGAAGAUGGAACUAAUCGAGACAAUCACGAACGAAAAUCGAAAGCUCGAGAAGAGCCAAACAUUUCUCCGAACUCGAGGGGAAUUCUCUUAAUUCGAGUUGACGCAUACCCUGUCGCCAUCCCGAUGUCAUCCGUGAAAUCAACGUUCUCCACACCUUUUGGCCGACUUCUGUUGAGAUCUUCAUCGAAUCCAACCUAAUGGAUGUCUCGUAACUCAGAAAUCAGUACAGAAAAUAACUUCUUGUUAUUACGCUCAGGUAACCAGUGACCUUCAUUCGGUGUAGUGACUAAGCUAAAGUGACCAGAUGAUAAGAGAUUUAACGCGGGACACAAAAAACAAAACGUUAUGUAUAUAUGUUAUGUGAAUAUAAACCAUAGUUUAGCGAGUCUAAACUGAUCAGUAUUAUUUUCUUCUGAGUAUCGGCACUCAGUUGUGAUUUUUCGGUGGUUUAGAUUUUGUUUACGCCCGAAAAUCACUCGCUCAAUCAGAGUUUUUACGCCUGGCAAGCCCGAUUCAAAUCCUACAACUAAUUUCAGAUGGCGAUAAAAGAUAAUUUAUAGGAACAAAUUUUCUUUAGAUCUUACGUUUAUUAAGUCUACAACAAAAAUGAUUCAAGGCUGUUGAUUCGCAGCAGCAGCACUGUCAAGCAACUAGAUAAUUUUUCCAUACUGCAAGCUCCACCCCACAGCAAAGGAGUUGGACAUCCUGAGGCACUUUGUGUCCGCCAGAUAUAGCCGAUCUGGUAUUUACAAUAUCAUCUCUUUGCCGCUCCUUAAACCGGGAGAUCGAAGCAACCGGCCAAACGGUGGAGAAGAAUCAGGCCAAAAUGGACAUUUUUAUGCGGAAGCUUCAGACGAGACCUGAACAGCAGGCAAUCACCCAGAAGGAGUAGCUUGAGGUGCUGCUGAAAAACUUCUUUCCAGCGAAAGAAGUGAAAAACUUCUUUUCGUACUCAUAAUGAAAGACGAGACGUACUUGAUGCUAGAGUUCAACGAAUGGCAGGGGACCGGGUACUUUACGUUCCCCAGGUAAGCGAUGACGUCGAAUAUAUCAUUCACAUCAAGUUCUCGAAGAAGGUCCUUCUCUGACAGACGUGAAGGUAAUGUCCAAGCCGCUCUUCUUUCGAGUCAUGUGGUGAACGGGGAGAUAUAUAGUACGAAGUGCUUGCCGGAGUUGGGAAGGUGAUGUGGUCUUUAUGCCGAACCUGGGAUCAGUCCAUUAUGCCAAAAAUCACUGGAGGAUGGAUCGGCUGCAGAUAAACAUUGUCGCGAAGACCACCAACCUUCCAAACAAUCCCCAGCUUCGCCCGAUAGAAAACUUUUGGGCGAAUGGCCAAAUAGAGAGACAGACGACCCCCAAUGUCACGAAAAGGUAAAAUGAUACGCCGGUAUACAUCUAUUCAUCGGCCAUGGUUCAGGUACCGGCCAACUUCCGUAAGACCGCCCAGCGCUUCAUCAAACAACUCUGCCUCUUCCUGUCGAGUAUACACUAGUUUUUCCGAAACGUUAGGACCUGACCGAGCUAGGGGACCAAAGAUGAACUUUUCGUCUGACUCACGUUGGUCCCUGCGGAUCAAUAGAGGACUUUUAUAAAAAUCAUUUUCCAAUUUUGUUGCUGUCGCUCCCAGUUGACACUCUUUAAACAAAAAGCCCAAUGUCGGUGCGAUGAAACCAACUCAACGUAUUAAUCUUUGGAUGCAUUAGAAGCGCUCUUGAACAGCCUGCCAAACAAAAGUUUUUUUGAGGUUCAUCCAUUUACGAAAAUCAACAUGAUCAAAUUGUGAUAUUGAAAUAUAUUGAUAUCGCGGGACAUUUUCGUUUCUUUUGCCAAAUUCGGGACGUUUCGCGGGACGGAAUCUUACGCGGGACAUUUUGUUGAAAUGCGGGACUGUCCCGCGUAACGUCUGGUCAGUUUAGACUAAGCGAUGGCCUCACAGUUUGCGCUAUUGAUGGCGAUCUUGAUGUCGAUCGUUACUACAGCACAGUAUCGAUCCCCUCUCAGCUUCUGUCUGAAUUAUUUUCCGACAUUUUCGAUCGGAAAUUGCAUUCACGGUUGACUUUUGGUUUCAGAAUUUGAAUGAAACUGAAUCCUGCUUGUCGAGGAAGUGAGGCAUUUUUGCUGAACCAUUCUAAACAGUACCGGGUAAAUCUUUGAUCGCUGCUUUCAUCGCUAGGGGAUUGCAUCGAGAUGCUUUUACACUUUCCGACUUACCGCCACAGCCACGAAUUCCUCGAUGGAGGCAUGCUUGUGUUCCCCCCAGUGUUGCCACACGUACAAAUUUAUCUGGAACGGUUCAGAUUUUUUCGUUAUUUCUGGUACAGUGGACCCGUUUAUGAAUGAACCGUCAGUAAAGAACAUUUUAUCAGAUCUAACUUUCCCAUAUUCUGCCGAAAAUAUCGGUGGAAUAGAAUCGGAGCGUAGGUGAUCUGGGAUUCCAUGGAUUUUUUGUCGCAUGGACAGAUAAAAAAUGACAGAGGAAUUGCAGAAGUAUGGGAAGCAAACUUGGUUGGAGAUGCCUGGUGAAGGGUGCACGUCGUGUGUAAGGUACUCAUGGUAUAAAGACAUAAAACUUGACUGAGGAGUCAGUUGGAGUAGAUUUUCGAAGUUAUCAAUUGCCAAUGGAUUCAUAAUGGCGUGCAUUAUCAUGGUGGAAUAUUAUCGACUCGUGUCUGGUUGCAUAAUCUGUACGUUUUUCGGCAAUAACUCAAAACUGGAUCAAUUGUUGUCUAUAGAAGUCUCCAUUGAUUGUUUGACCUGGUUUUAGCAGUUCAUAGAUCACACCCUUCACACCUUUUUGAUCCCACCAAAUACAGAGCAUUAAUUUGGCACCGUGGAAUUCGGCUUUGACGUUUUGCUCCUUUUGUCGUAGUGAAUCCAUUUUUGGUUCCCGGUAAUGAUACGAUGCAAAAGUCUUCCAUUUGUGCCGUUCAACAGAAUUUCCUCGCUUUUGGAUGUAUCCACGGCUUUGAGUCAUAUGGUCAAAUAGCUUGCACAGUUACUCCCAAUGAUUCUGCAAGUUCUGUUUGCGUUUGACAUGAAUCUUUCUGUCUUCAACACUAAAAUCACCACACCAUUUAUCCAAUGGUGAAGAGUCACCAUAAAGUUCCACAAGCUUUCGAUGUACUUCAGCUGCAAAGAGCAAACGUUUCAUUAGAGAAGUUAACAAAUAAAGUAAUUUAUUUUGUACCGGAAAGGAGGCCAAUCGGAAACUCCUGUGGCACCACCAACAACCAAAGUCGGGUCUAUAAAAACAAGAAUGAAAGGCAGAAUAGAACACAGAACUUUUCAAUGAUAUAUUGAACAGAUAAUAUAAUUGUUUUCACAAUGUUUAUACCGAUGGGUCUGAAGCAACAAAACGCUCGGGAUCAAAAGUCUUAACCGGUAUUCGAAUGCGACAUACAGGACAUACACAUGGCUUUCUUGUGCAAUCUUACGUAGACUCCCCUAUAUGCAGAAGCCAACAAAGACUCAUAAUCGAACGUAUUCUUAUAGAGUGUUCAUUUCUGAAAAAAAAGAAUGGGGAGCGCAGAAAUUCGUGGGAAUCUAUAAGAAAUUUUUAGAAACAACCGCGAUAGCGAAACGAAAUUAUGAAAGAUUUGUAAGAAGACUAUGACUUUCAAUUUGCUUCCAUUAUUUAUUUUUGUCGAAAUAGACGUGAAUGACGAUAGGGUUGAAGCAUCUAUAAGCCAAGAAAAAGGUACUCCGGAAUAUCAAGGGUAAUCUUUGCAUCAAAAGCCGGGCAUUUGAAUAAAUAGCCGUUGAGGUAGAUUGAAAUUUUGUUAAUUGAUUGUAUGCAAUCAGAGUUUAGCAAGAGUAUAUUCAAACAUAUUAGUAAUUCGAAGCUCGAGUAAUAUUUUUUUCAGAAUAAUAUAGAUUUCCUAUGUAACAAAUAUUUUUAAUGGAAAAGAAGUACAGAUGAAAAAGAUUUCUAGUCCUUCCAGCAUAGAUUAGUACGUGGUAACAGUGGUUAUGGAUAACAUACGUAAAUGCCGCAGGCUACAUCUUGCCUAUGUAAAAUUUCUGUAGUUUCGAGAAUCGUAUAAGUUAAAGGAUUAUUCAUUAUUCAUGGAAUGUUGACAGAGUGACCGAAAGAUUUAUCUUUCUAAGACAAAUAUCAAUUGACGACGUUAUCGAAAUGUACUACUUCCUAAAAAACAGUUAAUUUUCAUUCGUGGCUCUUAUGUUAAUUUUCAUUCGUGGCUCUUAUUACCUGAAUCUGGUUUAACGCCUGAAACUAAUUGAAUUUACUGGCGAAAUAAUAUCCUGCCUCCAGCCGUAGACAAUGAACUUACUCAACCGUUACUGCUGAAUUUAUGAUAACAUUGUCUCGCAUACUGGAGCUGUUGAAUUGAUAAUUUUUAUUUCACAGGAAGAGUACUCCGUUCAUGGUUACAGCCAGGCAAGCGAAAAUAAGUUGUCGGGUACCAAGCGUCUCCUCCCACACUCCUUUCUUUGCAUAUCUACACUAUACAAAUAUCCUCCUCCGGACGAAUGGAUAAUUUUCCCGCUUGAACGAAAAUCAAGUUGUGCUUGGGAUAGUAAUAAACUUCCCAAUGCUGCCGGAACAUUGCGAGAUUCGUCAGUGGAAACUGUGAGAUGAAAGUUGUAUUAUUCAUGUGAUUGUUACAUCAAAUUACCAUACAUUUGAAUACAUAGACUGGUUGAAGGAUUUUUGGUUGAACAAGGAAUCGUGUCAUGUGUUGCGCUCAGGGGCUUUGCCGACAGAUCUCUAAGAGUGAAACACCACCAAGCUUUAAUCGAAUAAAUGUGUGGAAGGAAAAUCUGCGAUAUUGUGUUGCUGUCGGAAAAUACAGUAAUCUCACAUUCAGGAAACGAGAUAACAGUGUUCAGUGCGAGUAAUAAAGGACUGAGAUACGGGUACGUGGAAGUGUGGACGCAUUGGCACAAUUGGCGAAUGGUGGGCGGUAGAUCUGCUCCCUUGCAUUCCAAUGCGAACCGUGUGGUGGUACAAAUAGGAUGGUAUUAAAUUGUAGCACAACCAGAUUUCAUGAAGCAAUUCAGAUUCAAUUACGACAAGAAGAGAUUUUCGUGUUUCAUAGUCAGAAGAAAUGCGCUUAAAGAUACAAAAUCAAAAAGACACGUACGACAUAACGAAACAUAGAUACCUUUAACAAAUCACAAUGGAAACCCAUGAGGUUCAAAUUUCAAUUAUUGAUGGAAAUAGAGUUCCAUAUUUAGCUAGUUUGUAAUUACGAAAAAAUUAAAGUGUUACCGGAUUUACGAAAAUGUUAGAUCAAUUCAUAUUAUUCCUAGUGUUGGAGAGAAUCAUCUCAGAUUGCUCACAUAUUUGCCUAAAUCAAGCUUCAAAGCAAGCUUAUAUCAUGCAAAACAGAUCACUGCGCAAAGAUCGCCAUUAGAUUUAUAUCUCAAUCAUAGUACAAUUUGGAAGUUACAUCGAAAAUAAA